CGCAGUCGCCAGUCGCCAUGGUACGAACUGAGCUGCCAACGUUGCUGCUGUUUCUGGUGCCAGCAUGGGGCCAUUCCUACUUGGCCCUUCCUGCCUCGCGGAAUCUACUGGCAAACCUGGCUGGACGGGAGGAUUGUCCGCAUUGCCUGCAGUCAGGCGGUCCUGACAAUGUCAAGGAAAGGGGCUCAGCUACCUGGCCCAGCCGCUUGGCUCCCACGUCGCAUGGCCUUUGUGGUGAUCCGGUACAAGGGAAGAGCACCCCAACCAGCUGGCAGGAUGAAACUUACCUGAAGAGCGGGCCCAUCACUGCCACCUACCGUGCUGGGGAGAUUGUGGAAUUCCAGGUUGCUGUCAGCACUCACCACUUGGGACACUACGAAUUUCGCAUUUGCGAUCGGGUGCUGAAUACGAGCACCGUGUCCUCUCCUGCUGAAGGCCAGCAAUGCCUGGAUCAGUGGCUGCUGCAGCGAGCGCCUCCACUGGAAAAUUGCCAGGUGAACGACGCACGCGGCGACUGUCAGCCUUUGGAUCCCAAGCAUCCGGAACGCUGGUACCUACCACCUGCGGGAAGCCAGACCCCGGUGGCAGGCCCCAACUUUGAUGAUUCCAUGGCGCCCAGCUAUCCCAGCAGUGCUGAGGUGCAUAUCAUGCGCUACAAACUGCCGGAAGGUCUGUCCUGUAGUGCUUGCACGCUCCAGUGGUACUGGUCAUCUGGCAACAGCUGCGUGUACGAUGGUGACUAUUUCGACUACUACCGAGGUAUCGCCUCUAUGGGCUGGGAUGCUAGCGCUUGGCAGCCGCAGAUCCUGGCGAGCUGGGCCACAUGCGAAAACAGCUGCUGCAAUCGUGACAAGUUUGGCGAAGAAUUCUGGAACUGUGCCGAUAUAGCUAUUUUACCCGGGGGGUCAACAGUAUCCACGUCCACAAUGUCAACAACGUCUACUGCGGAAACAAGCAGCACAACGGCCACUACCACCAUCAUUACUGAUGAUGAGUUUCGUCCCGUGGAUGGCGGUGUGGGCCGCGCAUGCCGGGGAGCGCAUGCUGGAGAUAACUUGGCCACGUAUUUCACGGUGUUGAAUGGCAUCAGCUCGUUGGAAGAGUGUAAGGAAAAAUGUCUCCAGUCGUCAGCUCCUCCCUGCGUGGGCAUCGAGUAUUCCAGGGGUCGCUGCGAGGUCUGGACCCGGCCUGCAGGGAUCGGAACGUCCAUCCCCCUGACCGGCUUCACCUGUCUGCGCUACGGUGCCGAGCCCACAACAACCACAAGCCCCGCUGUGCCUGGCAGCUUUGAGCCAGUGGAUGGUGGUGAGAAUCGUGUUUGUCGAGGGGCGAAUCCCAACGACAACAAGCCCGAGUACUACACGGUGCUUCAGGGGAUUGGAACUUUGCAACUGUGCAAGGCUCAAUGUGCAAGCACUGAGGGCUGCGUGGGCAUUGAGUUCAAAGGAUCCAGAUGCGAGGUGUGGACGCGUCCUCAAGGCAUCGAAGCGUCGCGGAGUCUCAGUGGCUUUUGGUGCCUGCGAUAUAGUGCUCCAUCCACCACCACAAGUAGGGAGGGCCUGACAUGUAGCCAGGCCUGGGGCGCCUGUGGUGGUCGCAACUGGGAUGGUCCCAACUGCUGUGAGGAGGGCUACAGCUGCAUCCCAGAGAGCGAGUGGUACUCCCAGUGCCGUCCCGCUGAAAACACAGCAGCUCUGAUGGAAAUGCCUGGCUUGAAGCCACGAACCUGGAAGCGCUUCCGUGGUACUACGAUGCUUCAAGAUGGAUCCCUCCUGAGCCGCACGAAGGGCACGAGCAAGGAUGAGCUCUGAGAUGACCGAUGGUCGAAGUAUGUCGAAGUGCAAGAAGGGCGUUGGGAGCACUACAGGUGAGGAGGCGACGAGUUGCGCGCAAAGCUUCGUUCGCGCAGCCGUUUUGUGGGCCUCCCGCAACUGUAGAGCAUGUGUGCCCCAGCCUUUAGGGUUUGAAGCUGAAACGAGCUUCAACACCAAGAGCAUGCCUUUUGUGAAGCUCACGGGGGUGGUUUCUACAAUGAUUUCG